GCUUAAGAUGAACAUUUUCGAACGUAUUCGAAGGAUGGGCCAAGAUGGUGACGAAUUUACGAAGCGCAUCUUGGAUCUCACGGUCACACAACAUUGCUUCGAAAAUAGCAAUAACGUUUUUCUUAAGAAGUGAAUAUCUAAACUGACUAUAAUUGCAAAAAGUGCAACGUUAUCUCGGUAUCGUAAUGCGUUCGAUUUAACAGAUUUCUAAGUUUCAUCGCGUAAUUACGGAACGUAAAUCGAGGCAACUCAGUUACAGGAAGAAAACGUCGUGUUCUGAAAGUUCAACAAAGAUAGUGCGUCCCGCGAAAGUAGAUUCGUCAUCAGCGGAAUAACAAUUUCGUCAGGAUCGACACGGUGAUGAUCACGACGGUAGUCUAGUGUGCUAACAUUGGUCCGGUAACCAUUGACGUUUGAUCUUGAAGGUUACUGUACUGACAGAUUAUUUACUGGUAGACUUGACUAGCGAGAUAACGUAGUCAAUGCGGCGGCGUGAUUGCGCGCUAAGCCUGUUUUCAUACUUAAAUAAUCGAGUGUUUUAUCUAUCUUCUCAUCGUAAAGGAAGAAUUCUGAGAAGCUAGCAUGACUUCGGCAAUAUUGCAGAAAGCCAUAGAUCUUGUGACAAAGGCCACAGAGGAGGAUCGCAAUAAGAACUAUGAAGAAGCUCUCAAAUUGUAUGAACAUGCUGUCGAAUACUUUCUACAUUCAAUUAAAUAUGACACCCAUGGAGAUAGGGCAAAGGAGAGCAUAAGAGCAAAAUGUAUGCAAUAUUUAGAAAGAGCAGAGAAACUGAAAGCUUAUUUAAAAAAGAGUAAGAAAAGACCAGUGAAGGCAGGAGAAGAUAACUCCAAGAGUGAGGAUAAGAAGAGUGAUAGUGGCGACAGCGACACCGACAGUGAUCCUGAAAAAAAGAAAUUACAAAGUAAAUUAGAAGGUGCGAUAAUUAUUGAAAAACCGGAUGUCAAGUGGAGUGAUGUGGCUGGUCUUGAUGGAGCCAAAGAAGCUUUGAAGGAAGCUGUUAUUCUACCGAUUCGGUUUCCUCAUCUCUUCACUGGAAAACGCAUACCUUGGAAAGGUAUCCUACUAUUUGGACCACCUGGUACCGGUAAAUCAUACUUGGCGAAGGCAGUUGCGACAGAAGCUAAUAACUCCACUUUUUUCUCUGUAUCGUCGUCAGAUUUAGUGAGCAAAUGGUUAGGAGAAUCAGAGAAACUUGUAAAAAAUCUGUUUGAAUUAGCGCGUCAACACAAACCUAGCAUUAUAUUUAUCGACGAGAUAGACUCCCUCUGCUCGUCACGUUCCGAUAAUGAGUCAGAAUCCGCAAGAAGGAUAAAGACGGAAUUUCUAGUUCAGAUGCAAGGUGUAGGAUCUGAUAACGAUGGUAUACUUGUACUGGGAGCCACUAACAUACCGUGGGUACUGGAUUCCGCGAUCAGGAGAAGAUUCGAGAAAAGAAUUUACAUUCCAUUGCCAGAGGAACAAGCGCGUGCCGUUAUGUUUAAGCUCCAUUUGGGUAAUACAUCGCAUUGUUUGACGGAUGAAGAUUUCAAGAAACUAGCUGCAUCCACCGAGGGUUACUCGGGAGCUGACAUAAGCAUUAUUGUACGAGACGCCCUGAUGCAGCCGGUCCGACAAGUACAAACAGCUACGCACUUUAAGCGCGUUAGAGGGCCAUCGCCGAAGGAUCCUUCCGUUAUCGUUGACGACUUACUCACUCCGUGCUCUCCUGGUGACCCAGCAGCAAUAGAAAUGAGUUGGAUGGAAGUAGAUGGUGACAAAUUAUACGAGCCUCCGGUUACCAUGAAAGAUAUGUUGAAAUCGUUAUCAACGACCCGUCCUACAGUGAAUGAAGAAGAUAUGACGAAGCUAGAUAAAUUUAAGGAGGAUUUCGGUCAAGAAGGUUGAGAGUUUUCGGACUUGCCGUUAUAAUUAUGUAAACGGAUUUCUAAUUCAACAGAUAUUUUUAGUUGUUACACGCUUGCCUUAUUCCUCUUAUAAAUAACACUCGACAAUGUCUGUAUAAAUAUACUCGGAAACGAGCUCAUUUUUUCUUGUCUUAUUUUUCAUUUUAAGUGCAACAUGCAGAAAAACGAAUACAAUCUAGUAUUAUGAGCUUAUUGCUUAUUUACAAACACUACUCAGUGAAAAAUAAUACAUAAAUUACAAAAUAAACUAUAUUUUGAGAUAACGAAAGAACUUACUUAGAUUUAUCAGUCGGAUAGAAGGUAAAUUAUUUUUUAUCAUGAAAUGCAAAGUAGGAAAAUGUUUGUGAUACGUUUACCAAGGUGUAUGACAAACCAUGUAUUUAGUGCAUUACUAUAUAAUCACGAUGUGUACCUAACAAAUUAAUUGUAAAUCUUAUAGAUUUUAUAAUUAUUUCUUAAUCAUCUAUAUAGUUUUAAUAUUGUGCUACUGUAUAUUUUUAUUCGAUUGUUCCGAGUCGUACGGGAUCGAUAGUGAUUUUACGCGAAAAUCGGCAUCGAAUUACAGCUAUUGAAUUUUAAAAGAUUAAGUAACGAAAAUUAGUAACAGCAGAGCAACAUGUAUUAUGCUACAUAAUACACAAAUAAAUAAAUAAAUUUAUUUAUAAAUUAUAA